AUGACAUUUCCAGGGCAGCAUCACUUGGAACUGGCUGCCUUGCGCCGCGAGCUUACGCGUGAAGCCACAGAAGUUUCAGCUGAAGGGUUGGAAGAAACGGAUGCAGAGGAGGAAUCCGAACCAUCCACGGUGCAACUGAGGUGGAAUCGUUUGACCCAAAAGCUCCUUUACGAGCAAGAGUGGUUGGAGAAUGUCACAGGACUGGAUCCAGUUGAGAAGGAGAGUACGCAGCACCAAGACCUUCACAUGCGUCGUGCGUGGCACUCUUCCAUGAUGAACCGCAAACGUUCACGGACGAUGCGCUUUUCGACGGGUCCUGGGAAUCUGCACCUGAAAAUCAACGAAGCGCAAACAGAUGAUUCGAUGCUGCAGAGGUUCGUGGUGAGGCCACAGAACAACCUGCAGUUGGCAUGGUCCAUCAUGGCCUGCAUCCUCAUCAUGUGGGAUAUGAUCACCAUCCCUCUGGAGUUUUUCGACGCCAAAGAGCUGGCAGACGUCCAAAGUGUGGUGAACAUUUUGACCUUCGUUUUCUGGGUCAUCGAUAUGCCCUUGAAUUGUUUCUUCGGCGUCCACCGCAACGGCGUUGUCGAGCUGAGACCCCAGGCCUUGUUCAGGUUCGGAGGCACCAUGUCCACCACUUUGACCUCGGGUCGCUACUUGCGCGCGUUGCGAAUUUUGCGCCUACUGCGUUUGACGCGAAUUGGAAAGCUCCAGAAGAAAUUCAGCAUUUUGGCGACCCGGUUCUUGUCCACCUACGUCUUCAUGAUCUUGAAGGUGGUGUGGACCCUGACGUUGAUGCUGGCCAUCAACCAUAUCAUCGCUUGCUGUUGGUAUGGCGUAGCAACCCUCACGGAGGAUGGCUCCACCUGGCUGGCACAGGUGGAUACCGGCAGGGUCAACGUCUACGAUCUCUAUGUAGCAUCACUUCACUGGUCCCUGACUCAAUUCACACCUUCGACCAACAACAUCGCACCAGCCAAUGGUCUUGAGCGCAGCUUCGCAGUCUUCGUGAUUUUGUUGGCCAUGGGCUUCUUUUCCUCGUUCGUGGGUUCCAUCACCUCCACGGUGAACUCGUUGCGGCACAUCCAGGCAGCCAAGGUCAAACAGCAGGACACCCUGCUGCAGUUCUUCGUAGAGCGGAACAUGUCCUUGGAUCUGUACAGCAAGGUGCAGGAAGUCAUCAAAACGGAAAACUUGGCAGAGGUCAGGCUACAUGAGACGGAGGUGGCUUUAGUGAACAGCUUGCCUGAACGAUUUCGCAUGCAGCUCCAUGAGGAGAUGUACAUGAACUCCUUGCUGAAGCUGGAGUGCUGGCCUAGAGAUAUGGCUAAAGACUUGCUGAUUGAGACCGACAAUGAGGCUUUCUUGCGACAGAUUUGUCAUCAUGCCAUGUCGGAGAGCGUUCUGAAGCGAGGGGAGGAUCUCUUCUUGCCUUUGAAGGAUUGCGAUCAUGUCUACUUCGUUGAGCAGGGAUACGGAUUGAAAUAUGCAUCGCAUGGUUACUCAACGGUUGUGAUGCCGGGUGACAGUCUCUGUCUCCCAGCGAUUUGGGCUGAAUGGCACUACUGCGGUCGCUGCACGGCGGAGUUCGGCGCAGGAUAUGUCACUCGAGUGAAUGGAGAGACCUUUGCAAAUCUGGCGAUGAAGUUUUCAGGAGAAGUCGCUCGCUAUUUGCAAAUCUUUGGAAUUCUUCUGAUUGGCGCUCUUGAGUGUGAUGUCGACGCUGACGACCUGUGUUUCAACGCGGAGAAAAUGGAAGCUUUGGCCUCGCGCGCCCACAUUUUUGCACAUGCCAGCGCCACACAAACCCACGGUAGCCUGUUCGAGAAACCCGUGUCCCGAGACAAUUUGCCCGAUUUGUCCCCAAAAGGGAAAUGGAAGGGAGGAUUUAUCUGACCAGAUCUGACCUGAGCGAUU